AUGGCAACCAUUGCUCGACACUCACGUAACUCUGCGGACAUCGCCCUCUCCAGCAUGCCGCCCCACCGUCACACCCACUCUGACGGCCCCGUUGCAGUGUCAGAGGAUGCCCCGAACGAGGGCCCCAACACGUUCAACUCCCCCAGCGGAAGCCCGUUUCGCCGAGAAUCCAGGGAGGCCGCAUCCCUCUCCAACGUCGCAAACCUCGAAGAUGUCCCUCCCGACGGCGGCUACGGCUGGGUGUGCACCUUUUGCGUCUUCAUGAUCAACGCCAACACCUGGGGCGUGAACUCGGCAUAUGGCGUCUUCCUCGACCGGUACAUGACGUGGGAAUCGUUCAGGGACGCCACCAAGUUUGAGUAUGCCAUGAUCGGGGGGCUGUCCAUCUCCCAGGCCCUGCUGAUCUCGCCCUUGACCGCCCUUCUGCAGAAGCGCAUCGGUACGCGGCUUACCAUGUUGCUCGGGGCAGUGGUGGUGUUCGCCGGUCUGUUCUCGGCAUCGGUUGCGUCGCGAAUCUGGCAUCUCUUUCUGUCGUUUGCCUUCUGCUUCGGCUGGGGAAUGGGGCUGAUUUACAUUCCGGCCAUGAACCUCCUCUCCCCCUGGUUCUCCUCCCAUCGCAGCUUGGCCGUCGGCUUUGCCACCUCGGGAGCCGGCCUGGGAGGGCUCGCGUACAGUCUCAUCGCGGGCCGCCUGAUCGAGGUGUCCGGCAUCGCCUGGACCUGGCGCAUCCUGAGCUUUACUUCGCUGGCCGCGAACGCCGUGUGUGCCCUGCUCCUCCGCGAGCGUCCGCCGUCGGUGUCCUCCUCGACGGCCGGCCGAGCCAAUCGCUACUCGUUCAGCCCGCGCGACUUUCUCCGCAUCCAGGUCUUCCUGAUCCUCUGCUGGGGUUUUGUGACCGAGUUCGGCUAUGUCGCGCUGUGGUACAGCUUGCCCAGCUACGCGACGUCGAUCGGGCUCAAUCCGUCGCAGGGCGCCCUCGUGCAGGCCUUGCUCAGCUUGGGUCUGGGGUUCGGGCGGCCCGUGGUGGGCUACUACAGCGACCGGGUCGGGCGAAUCAACAUGGCGUUGUGCAUGACGUUGCUGUGCGGCGUCUUGUGUCUGACGGUCUGGAUCCCGGCAAGGAGCUAUGUAGGGUUGUUGGUGUUCGCGGCGACGGCCGGGGUGGUGUCGGGCACAUUCUGGAGCACGGUCAACCCCAUCCUCGCUGAAGUCGUCGGCAUCGCCGAGGCGGGAAGUACGUACGGCGCCAUCUGUUUUGCACUGGUGCUGCCAACCACGUUUGGCGAGGCGAUUGCGUUGCAGCUUGCCAAGGGCGAGGGGAUGCACCAGUUCUUGCCGUCGCAGAUUUUUGUCGGCUCCAUGUUCCUUGUUGGGUCGGUAUUCCUGUGGUGCUUGCGGAGCUGGAAAAUCUUUGAGAUCGAGAGGAAAGCCGAGGAUGAGCAGCGGUCCGUCUUGACCGAUAUGGAGACUGCUGGGACUGCGGCCAUGAGGGAGGUAAGGAGCUCGCGUUGGCUGACGCCAAAGAGACUGUUUAUGCCGAGGCGAGUUUGA